AUGAACAGAUUAGAGGCUCAGAUUCUGGCUGAGAUUCAGCCGAUCCAGGUCAUGUGGAAGAUAGACGAUCGGGAACUGACACAAUCGGAAAGAAUUGAGAUGUCCUUUAUGCAGGAUACCGGAGUGGCGCGUCUCGUGAUCCGGAAACCCAGCCAGCCGGACUCUGGCGAGUACACCUGCGUGGCAACCGGCGAGGUGGUUGAACAACAGACAGGAAGGCGGGUCUCCAAGACAAUCAUUUCCAGCUCCACUCUCCUCAUUGAAGGUAACUUAACAUUUACUCGGAUAAUCUAUGGUAGCAAGCACGAAUAUUCAUAA